AACCAGAUGCACGAGAUCUAUUUUCCCCAUUUCGAAUUUUCUUCGGUAUAAUUUGGUUUUCCUCUGUGGCAUCAUUACUAAUCAAAAUCCGUCCCAUGGACAUGUUAUAAUUUAAGUGAUGGGUUGCGUUAAGAAGUGGAAGGCGGAAGGAAAAGUUGUGAAUUAUCGGGAUUGCAGAGAGUGAAAACGUUUAUUUUGCGUUUGACGCAUUUUUAUUUGUGAAAUUGUUAUUUUGACAUCUUGUGAAUCGAUUGCCACACUAAUGGUAUCUAAAUUAUUUGUUUUCCUAAAUACAUAGCAUUCAAUGUGCCUUCAUAAUUUUUUUCGUUCGAAUACUUGAAGGUAUGAGUACUGAAAUCACACUAUGAGUUGAUUGGAAGUUUACAAUACAACUUUCAUAAAUAAAACAUGAUAAAUUCAUGACAUAUAUUGCUAUUUGAAUCAAAAUCCUUUAUUUCACAUCAGGGAAAUAUACUCCAAGAGAUUGGUUUAUGUAUUAAUCAUACAACAGUAUUAAAUUAUUUGUUGUGAAGAUGAGUGGAAAAGAAAAGAAAUGGUCUUGUGAAUAUUGCACUUACGAAAACUAUCCGUCAGCACUCAAAUGUACCAUGUGUAGAGGACCUAGACCCUUUAUCAGUGAAGAUAUAUACAGUCUGCAUAAUAAUGAUGACAAAACAAACUCUGCAGCAGGAUCAUGUGAUACCAAACCGAAUAUAAACACAUGGCAGUGUGAAACUUGUACCUUCUUUAAUCAUAUUAAGGAUCAAAUCUGUACCCAGUGCGGAUCUCCUUUUGUAUCUGCGAGUAAUUUACAUGAUUAUUUGCAGCCAUUGAAAAUCACCCAACAUUCAGAUCUGGCUCAAAGCUUGUCGCAACCACGAAACAAUAGCCCACCAGCAAGUUUAACAAAUGUGGAGAAUAGUAAAAGGAUGACAUUAGGAAAAUGGACCUGUAUGAUAUGUACAUAUGAAAAUUGGCCAAGAGCGACUAAAUGUUCUAUGUGUGGAUAUACACCCCAAACUUCACAGAGACCCCCAUCUUCAAGCCGCUUGAUCUCCCCUUCAAAUCAAAAUAUUGAUGUCAGUAAUCAGGAAGACUUGUACAGAACACCGUCAAAUAUAAUGGAGGAGAACAAUUGUGAAGCCGAAAGAAAAUUGAGACUUAUGAGGAGAAAUGCCGAUUGGAAUUGGUUGAAUGCUUGUAUCGGUGUCAUUGAGGGGAAUCCUGUACCUGUAGAACACUAUCUAUCAUCGGGUGGCGAUCCUGCAAGAACGUUAACUGCCUCAGAAGUUGCAAUACUCAAUAGAAGCUCUGCUUUUGAUGUAGGUCAUACUUUAGUUCAUUUAGCUAUAAGGUUUCAGAGGGAUGACUUGUUGGCAGUACUUCUAACGCAAAUAAGAGGAUCAGGCUCCGGAAGGAAGAAUGUCCCAAGCUACAUUGCACCUGAUAUAGCUGCUGAUAUUAGAAGACAUUUUGCAGCGACAAUUCGUCAUGGAAAAGCCAGUUUUCCAUACAGUUUUGUGACGGAAUUUCCCACUUUUGCAUUGCCUGCUGAAGUGGAUGAGCUUCCUGGAUCUGUCCAAGAGCAGCUAUUCGAAGAGCUCCUCGAUAAAGAUGCUCAGGCUCAAUUAGAAUCCGAGCCUGCGGUCAUCAAUUGGUCCUUAGAGCUGACUGUUCGCUUGGGAUCACGUUUACACGCCUUAUGGAAUAGAUCUGCCGGCGAUUGUCUAUUGGAUUCUGUGAUGCAGGCUACCUGGGGCGUCUUCGACAGGGACAAUCAGCUGAGGAGCACUUUGGCAGAGAGCCUAGAUCGGGGUAGUGACAUAUUCUACCCACGUUGGAGGGAGUACGAGGAGAAUCACGCCUCUUUCCUUCAGUAUUCCCUGGAAGAAGGGCAAUGGGAGGACGAUUGGCAGAGUAUGCUCCAGUUGGCAAAUUCACCGGGGACGAGUCUAGAAAUGCUUCAUGUAUUUGCGUUAGCUCAUGUAUUGAGGAGACCUAUCAUAGUGUACGGUGUCAAGUAUGUCAAAAGUUUUCGAGGAGAAGCUUUGGGAUAUUCCAGAUUUGAAGGGGUAUAUUUGCCACUGUUAUGCGAACAGAGUUUCUGCGUGAGAACACCAAUCGCUCUGGGUUACACCAGAGGACAUUUCUCAGCUCUGGUUCCGAUGGAGCCUUAUAGCCGUAAUGAAUCUAGAUUACCUAAAACUAAUCUAGGAAGUGACCAGUUACAGAGUAUAUUUCUGCCUUUGAUGGACCGGGAAAGAAAGAUAUUACCCAUUCAUUUCUUGACAGAGUCGGAGAUGGGUAGAGAAGAAGCUAUAUUACGUCAAUGGAUGGACGUAUGUGAAUCCGAAGGUGGGAUAUUGGUAGCUCAACAACUUCUACAUAAAAGACCGCUCCUGGUAGCUCAAAUGGUCGAGGAAUGGCUGAAUCAUUACCGAAGAUUAGCGUGAUCAGGUAACAGGUGCACCCUUUCCACGUCCGAUUCCUGUACAAGACUAUUCCAGUGAUGGAGAUACUGACGAUGAAUAACACAAACAGAGCGUGUCCCGACUUGACACAAGUGCUGGGUAGUUGAGCUUUAGAACCUUAAUCCGAAACUAUAUGUAAUUACUAGAUAUAAACAAUAAAUUUGAAGAUAAGGGCUGUUUUUGGCUGAAAUGCUACACUUAUAGUUUCUGCACAGAAGAUUAAUAUUUCUAAUUCAAUAAAUACAAUAUUUUAUAUAUUCAUACAUUUAAGUUGAUAUUCUCUGAUACUUGACAAGGGUGUUCUUAGAAGACCUAAAUUCGUUGAAUAUAAUAAGUAGUACAAAACAGGAAAGUUUAAUGAAAAGUUAUAUUUCGGUUUUUCACUCACUGUGUGAAUUUCAAACGAACGGUCCCAUUGUCCAAUAUUUCGAAUAGAAAAUGAAUUUUUUUAGGAUUCAUUUAAAGUGAUAUUGUUCUUUCUACAGCAUAAGAAUACUUGAAUAUUGAGUUUAUUAAGCAUUACGAUGCUCCUUUUACACAUAGUUACUUAGGUUUGUUGAUUACUUUGUCUUAUUUAUUAUUUUUUGUUGGGAUGUUAUUUCUAUCUGUUGAUAAUUGUUGUUUUUGAAAUGAAACGUUUCAAAUUGAGUUCAGUAAACUGUUUCCAUGGAAAAAUUUCAAUUUGAAUGUCAAUUCAUUACAAUUUUUCUAAUGCUAAAGUAGAAAAAUACUAUUUCAAAGAAAUUAUUUUGAACAAGGAUCUUUCAAUAUAUAAAUAUAUAUAUCUAUCUAAUUGUUAACACUGUUGAAAUUAUAUUAUUUGAAAUAAAGAAUUCGAUUCUU